AACUGUGAGAAAUGCUCAAGAAGUUCUCUGUACUUGAGAAAGUGUAGAAAUUAGCGAGAGACGGCCAGCAGAGCUGAUCGGAAGCUUUUCAGAUGUUACAGAGGAAGGAAAGAAGAGAACUUUAAUGGAACUUGCAGAGAGGUUUCCUUCUCUAUAAAAGGGAUUAAUCAAUCGACCGCAAUCCAGGGCAAGGAACAAAGAUAAUGACUCUGGUUGGGCCCAUUUUUCGGUUCUGGCAACGUAGAAGAGCUUCAUGACACCUUCUGGUAUUUGGGGCAACUUUUCAGAAGCAUCUUUGGGUGCACCUGAAACAGAGGAUUUCUCCAACUGAUUUCAUUUGUGGAGAGGAACAUGCCUCUCUAUUCUUCAAGCCGAAAGAGGGUUAGGGAGGAAAAAGCUGGGCCUUCUAGGAUUGCUUCUUCUUCUAAUGGUGGUGGCUUUAAUUUCAACAUGUUUUUGAGUUUCAGAGGCAAAGACACAAGAGGCCACUUCACCAGCCAUCUCUACAAGGAGCUGAACCAACGCUGUAUAUCUGCCUUCUUCGACAGUGUGGGCCUCCAAAAGGGUGAAAGGAUCAGCGAGAUCUUGGGAUACAUGAAGGCAUCCCAGGUUGUCAUGUCCAUCUUGUCCAAGAACUACGCCAAAUCGAAAUGGUGUCUGCUCGAGGCUGCCAAGAUGCUGGAAAUUCACGAAGAUGAUAAGGAGAAUAAGUGGAUUAUACCUGUCUUUCUUGAUGUUUCUCCUUCUGACAUCAAAGAAGAUAGUGGAUCAUUUCAAGUUUCUAUUACAGAAAACCAGAAGAAGGUUAAUUUGGACAGGGAACAGACUGAAAAGUACAGAUGCGUCUUGAGAUCAAUAGGGCCAAUUGCUGGAUACUCUCUCAUAACUGACGCAAAUGGGGAUGAAGCAAGGCUAUGCACCAUGAUAUGUGACCGGAUUUCGAGCAUAUUGAAGCAGGUACUGCUUGGUGUGCAACCUAUUGGGAUUGAUUCUCAAAUAAAUGAGGUGAUGAUUAGGUUGGAAGGAGAAACCAAUGGCAUUAACAUAGUUGGAAUUUGUGGAAAAGGUGGCAUUGGGAAGACAGCGAUUGCAAUGACCAUCUUUGAUAAGCUCUCUCAUGAAUUCAGAUACACCAGCUUCAUCUCAGACAUCCGGGAAGAAGCCAAGAAGCACAAUGGGAUUUGCUUGCCACAAGCCAAGCUCAUUUCGGAUAUCUCAAAAGAGACAAGUGUGGUUAUAGACACGGUUAAUAAUGGAAUUAGUGCGAUCAGACGAAAAUUUGGAUGCAAGAAAGUGCUCAUAGUUCUAGAUGACAUUGAUGACACUAAACAACUUGAUGCAUUGGUAGGUGACCAAGUACAUGUAAAACGAGAGCAUGUAUUUGGUGCAGGAAGUAAGAUUAUUAUCACUACAAGGAACAGAGCCCCACUGAUUGCUCAUGGUUUAGAAAUUUACUACCCCAAGGAGCUAAAAUAUCCUCAGUCACUUAAAUUAUUUUGUCUCCAUGCCUUUAAAGUUAGCCCACCAACAUCAGAAUUUCUUGGCUUGUCAGAGAAGGUUGUCAAAGUUGCAGGAGGCCUGCCAUUAGCUCUAAAAGUAUUUGGGUCACAUUUUUCCUCAAUAAAUAGAGUUAGAGAAGUAUGGGAGGUUGAGUUGGGAAAAUUGCAAAGACAUUCACAUCAAAAAGUUCUUGAAAGACUUAAAAUAAGCUAUGAUGGGUUGGAGCUUACACAGAAGUGCGUAUUUUUGGAUGUAGCAUGUUUCCUCAUUGGGUCAAGUAAAGAGGAAGCAUUAUUCUUCUGGGAAGAUCACUAUGCUGCAGAUGAUGCAAUUAAUGCUCUUGAAAGCAAGUCUCUUCUCACCAUGGAUGUUGAUAAUCGGUUCAGAAUGCAUGGCUGAAAUCAGGUAUGGGAAGAUGGAUAGUUAAAGAAGCAGGCAAUCUCAAUCCUCACAUGUACAGCAGACUUUGGGAUAGGGAUGAUGUAUCUAAGGUAUUGGAGGAUACAAAGGUAAGGCCUGAAUUUGUUCUUAUUACAUUUCUAUCAUGGUGUUGGCAUUGUAACUAAUUAUCUCUGACUCUCUUGGUGUCUUACUCAAGCUUAGGUAAUAGAGGAGCAAUUUUAGUUUACUGAUGUCAAUUUGUUCAAGACCCCACAAUUUGGUCUAAUGGCCUUUGUUCAUUAGCCUUGAACCAAACCGUUUACUUUGUGAUUAGGACAUUGUCUUUCGACAUUAUUUUCCACUCAAGUCAAUCCAUAGUGUUACUAUUCUGCAAGCUCUUUGAGUCCUGCUUAAUUUGUUAUCACAUCUUCUGCUCUUUAACUUUUGCCUUCAUAGUUAAUCGUGAUUCAUUCUUUUUUACUUAGACUUUAGGUCCUCAUUGAAUUUUUGCGUCUCACACCAUGAGAAUUAUGGUAUCUUUAUAAUAAUUGAGUGUAAUCUUCAGAAGUUAGUAGCCCCCAAAUGGAUGCCAAUAUUGCUGCAAGUUAUGCCACUAUUUGUGUGGUAGUGUCUACUAUAACUGUAAUAAGUGACAAAUCUUGGCAAUUGCUGUUUUAGUGAUUUUAUCUUAGUGGUUCCUAUCUUAUCGGCUAUUUUUCAAAACCAUCUUUUUCAUUUGGAGUUUUCCAAAUCCAGCCUUGGACACACCCAUCCUUUUAUACUUCCAAGAUGGCUUAAGGUAAGAAGUUAACAUGGGAUUGAAAAUAGAGCAGAAGGAUACCUUCGCCGUCAACUGUAACCUAAUACAUAAGAUGAGUUUUUUGCAUAUGUGAAACUUUCUGAAGACUAACCAUAUAAUUUGCAUGUUCAAAAAAAUUCACAAUUGUUAUAUAAAAUUAUUUCUUUUUGCAUGUAUAUAUAAUUUCGUAAUCCAAAAAAUUGGACUAAUGAUUUUGAGAAUCCUAUACAAUAUAAAAAUAUUAUUAAAGUUGAUUGUGAAGUUGUUUUGGGUAUCAGCACUAUUUAGUCAGCACUAUUUAGUUAGUUUGGUAAAAAAAAACUCGUCUAUAACCUUUUCUGUUCAAUUUUAUGUAUAAUCAGGUCAUCCCUAUCCUUUAUUUAUGAAUUGUCUUUAAAGGGCAAAACUGUCGGUUGAUUAGAUUUUCCAACUUAAUAUUCCUUUACCAAAGUUCAUGGAUAAAAACCUAUGGAUUUUAAUCCAUGGAUUGAUUACCAAGAGAUAGUUGUUCAUAGUGUCUAGCGUAUGAUUGGCAGAGAUUAAAAUCCUUAAAAUAUUGUCUACUGUCUGAUGGUAUUGAAUUAAAAUUCAUAGACAAAAAAAAAAUAUCUGUUGCAAAGCCUGGCCUACACGGUAAGCUUUAAGUGGUAUUAAUUAUUAAAAGCUAACUAUUGAAGCAGGAGGUCACUUGAUUUAUGUACCAUUUCUUCUAUUGUUUCCGGUUUAAAGGCGGGUUCUAUUGUUUCUGGUUUAAAGGCCCACCAAGUUUGGAAGAAAAGGAAAGACUGAUUCUGCCAAAUGUCGGAGAUUCAAAAAACACGUUUCUCACUUGAUUGCAUAUUUCUAGAAUGAUUUUCUUGGCUGAUAAGGUGGUGGAACGUCCUCAAGGAUCAGAUACUGGGCUCUUGAAAGAACAACGAUAAACUGAUUCUGAAGUUCUAAAUGUUUUAUCAUUUCAAAAUUUCGUAUAUUAACUUCAAGCAAGAAAAGAAAGGAGGAAAGCAAUUAAUACUGAAGACCAAGCCAUCGAGCCUUGUGAACCUGUUCAGCAGCUGAGAGCACGUUUCAAACAUUGAGCCUUGUGAACAUGCCAAGGAGGAGGCUGCGGUGGAAGGGUGAGCUGCUCUAGAGGGGCAUUCAAAUGGCGGUUAAAGAGAUGAAACUACUGUGGAUGCUGCAGUUGAUGCAGAUGUUGCAGUGAAGUGGUGCAAUGAAAUUCUUGUUGUGGGAGAAAAAAUGAGAUGCACCCACAGUAAACUUUUCUAUCCAAAAGCAAGCUACAGAACGAAAGCAGGGCACUCAGAGCGAGUGUGUAGCGGAAGCAUGGACAAGCGCAAUGAAGGCCAAUCCAGGGCAGUCGCUCCUGGGAAUCCCUCAGGAAGACAGAGCCAGAGCACGCCUAAGGCAGGCACAUGACAAGAAUAAAGAGCAAGCCUGUCUUGAAUUUCCAGAAGGCACAGAACUGCAGCAUGAGCACCAAAGUUCACUGCUCGGAAAGCUUCUUCGUGACUAGGACCAAAGCCUACAGCGGAGCCACAAGGAAAGUGGAUGAUAGAUUUGGAAAACUUGAGAAGGGUAUAAACUCUGGAACUCGAGUAAUAGGAUGAGGAGCAUUAUGGAAAAAUUUCCUAUUGUUAUCCAGCCUAUGCAUUCUCUGGUAGAAAUCUCGACCAUAAUUUUAAGAAAAUCAGAUGACAAACAAGAACUUAAUGUUUAA